GGGGUUUGCCAGCUGGAGGCAGAGUCAGUCCGUCCUCAGUGUGUAUCGCCGCUCCAAACCUCCACACUGCAUCACGCCCUGAGUGGAAUGGAAGAAAAGGACAAUAAAGAAAAUGGGGAGUAUAUCGGAGAGAUAAAAGGUGGGCUGCGGCCUUCAAUGAAACUGGUUGUGAUGGGAAUUGUUGACAAAAAAGCCAAGAGCAUUGAGGUGACUCUUUCCACUAAGCCACAGGAAGAGGAAACCGAGGGUGAUGUGGGUCUACAGUUAAAAGUCAACUUUAGAGAUAAGGCCGUCCAAAGAAAUGCGCGUUUGGACGGAAAAUGGGGCUCUUCUGAAAAUACCCUCUCCUUCUUUCCCUUUGCACCUGGAGAAUCCUUCAAGAUGGAGAUCGUUUGUGAACACCAGCAGUUUCGUAUUUUGGUGGAUGGGCAGCCUCUGUGCGGCUUCACUCACCGCCUCUCCCAGCUCGCCUCCCUCACAGCCUUAAGAGUUUUUGGCGAUCUACAGCUUACCAAGGUGGCCUAACUCCAGCGCCUCAUACGCAGACACCUAACAUGAGGAUGCCCUGGGACAGUAUACUAUACAAUAAAUAAGAUUAGAAUAGACUACUACUUUCUGAGUGCAUAAAUUUCCCCAUGAGGGGAAUGUUGUGUUUCCAAUUUCAGACAGAGUUACACCUGCCUCGUAAUCACAUGUUAAGACAAAGUGCCUUCGCUAAGAUUACCUGUUUGGAGACUUGAAGCUCUUGACUGAAUGUACCAGUCAUCGAUCUCUCAAGUCAAAUGAGGAAUGUGAUUUUAACUAAAGUGAAUUAAGUUAUAAAAAAUGCGAUCUGAGCUCUACUAUUUUUCCUGAAUGUACAUUUGUACAAACAUGAUGUGUUACAUCAAAAAUGAAGUUUUUGUGAUCUAAAAAAAAGAGAUUUCAGGCAUUUUGUCUUUGAUUUCUCUGGGGUUAACCUUUGAAAGCACUUAUGUUUACGAGCGCCCGCAUCAAGGUGAAUGUUUCUGAAACUGAAUACCUAACAAAGAUUGUCAUUCUGUGCCAACGAAGUACUGUAACAGGAAUAAUAAUGUAAAACAAAAACAGUUACCCUCCAUUACUGCAUGCUAGUGUGACAGUGUGCUUGUGUCUUGAUCAAACACAAUGGUGGAUGGAUGUGAGUCUGUCAAACCUUCAGUUUUUACCAACUUUGGCUUUGAAAUCACCCGACAGUUUGUGUGCUUCAUUUACAACUAGCACUUUUUAUGUGAAUGUCUCAUAAUGACUUUAAUUCAUUGCAAUAAAUCAAAUUUGUUGUUA